AUGACUGGACAGUUCAUCAAAGGAGACGUCCAUGAGCUUUGGAAAGAUCUAGCGGAAAAGUAUGGGCCGCUUGUCCGGUUCGGCCCCGACCAAGUCCUCUGCACCGAUCUUGAGUCCAUACUCCGAAUCACGUCUGUCCGGUCAGACUACCGCAAGAGUGACUGGUACGAUCUGGCUCGGAUGGGUGAUGAUGACAAUCUGCUAUCCAUGACGGACAAGGAUAGGAGGAGAGAGAGAAGGAAGAAGGUUGCGCCUGCCUACAACGGCAAAGGCGCAGCUGAUCGAGCGGAAUACCUGGCCUCGGGCUCCAUCUUCCAGCCACUAGACAUUGCCCAAUCCGUGCACUUUUACGCUCUCGACUCGCUGGGAGAGAUCGCCUACAGCCAGCCCCUGGGCUACAUCGCCAACGACAAGGACAUGAACGACGUGCUCAAGAUCAACGAGGCCACCUUUCCGUGGAUGUACUACCUCAACAACCACCACUUCUUCUUCACGUUGCUGCGCAAGUGGCCGUUCAACAUGUUGCUUCCUAGAGCGGGGGAUAAAGCUGGGUUAGGCGCUAUCAUGGGCCACACAACCUCCAUCAUCGACCGCCGCCUCAACUCCUUCCACUCCUCCUCCUCAAUGUCCGAAAAGUCCGAAAAGAAACCAGACGACAUGCUCCAAUCCUUCAUCUCCCACGGCCUCACCCGCCCCGAGCUCCAAGAAGAAGUAACAGUCCAGCUCUUCGCCGGCUCGGACACCGUCGCCAACGGCAUCCGCCUCUGUCUGCUCCAUCUCUUUUCCUCUGCUCCGAACGUUUACCGCCGCUUACAAGCCGAGCUGGACGCCGCCUACUCAUUCCCUUCUCACAAAACCUCCUCCUCUUCCACCACUGGCUCCCCCGGAAUUGAGAAACCAAUACCCUACUCCACCUGCCUCUCCCUCCCCUACCUGCAAGCCUGUCUCCGCGAAUCGCUGCGCAUCUUACCGCCUGUAGCCACGGGCGGGUUUUAUAAAGAUGUUGGAUUGGCAGGGGAUACCAUCACCGGCUUCGCCCUGCCGCCGGGAACCAAAGUAGCCACGGGCGCGGCUAUUUACGCCAUGUGUCGCUCCCGGCAAAUCUUUGGGCAGGAUGCGGAUGUGUUUAGGCCGGAAAGGUGGUUGGAGGCUGAAGAAGCUGCCAGGCUUGAACUGGAAACAUCCGAGAAGGAUGGAGCAGCAGCAGCGGGAGGGCCGGGAGAGGCGGGAAGGAGACUAAGAGAGAUGGAGAUCACGCUAGGAUUAAUCUUUGGUCACGGACAGUUUGAGUGCGUGGGAAGAAAGCUGGCGAUGAUGCAGAUGAAUAAGGUGGUGGCGGAGCUGGUGAGGAGGUAUGAUUUUACGGUGUUGAACCCGAGACGGCCGUGUAAGGUUGAGAAUGCGUUGAUGUGGUUUGUGAAGGAUUUUUGGGUUAGAGUGGAGAGGAGGUGA